GCCAAAGAUGUUGGCUCGGUCAUGGGAUCAGCUGUGUCCAAUCACAGCUGAUCACUGAUCAUCAGGGCACUGAUGAUCAGUGUGCCCUGAUGAUCAGUGUGGCCCCAAAAGUGCCACCUAUCAGUGUCCAUCAGUGCCAGCAGUCAGUGCUCAUCAGUGCCACAUGCCAGUGCGCAUCAAUGCCACAUAUCAGUGCAUACCAGUGCACAUCAAUGCCACAUAUCAGUGCCCAUCUGAGCUGCCUUUCAAGGUCACCCAUCAGUGCCAGUCAAUGCCACCUAUCAAUGCCAAUCAGUGCAGCCUAACAGUGCCAGUCAGUGCCGCCUAUCAGUGCUAGUCAGUGCUGCCUAUCAG